AUGUCAGCCUCUGACGUUUGCCCAUUACCGGAACCCAGGAGACCAGAACAGGCUUGGUCCGAAUCUUCACAUGAGUGGUUGCAGGGGAAUGCUGAUAAUUCACGGCAAAGUGAGGAAGACGAUAGCAACGGGCAUUUUGACCAGGACACUAUCAACAGUGAGCCAGAGUUUAGGGAAGAAUGUAUUUAUGAUGCAGAUGGCAAAAAGAUUACACUUUAUGGGGUGUGA